UCAACGCUCAGAUUGUGCACCGACCCCUGAACUGUCCAGCGCACAUGAUCUUAUGUAGUUGUGCUUAUUUCUUUUUCCGAGUUAUACGUAGUCUCUCCCUUGUUCGCCAGGCUGUGGUGCUGCCUGCUGUGGAUUGUUAGACAGCAAUUGAUGAUGGGCAUGUGUGUCCGGAAGCGAUGAUGGAUCCUAGCACUCGAACAGUUAAUUGGCAUGUAUACCCGAUUCAAUUACGUUAAUCAUCCCUUAGCAGUUGAUAAUGAUUUCCUGUGCACUGUUUCCGUUUGUGGAAACACCAUUUGAAUUUUGAAAUGGGUGGUCUCGAUCUGAGGUCGGGAUUGUUUCAAAAGCACAGUGCUAACAUACAAGAAUUGUAAUGUUGUUCUAGGUGUUUCUGUCGCCAGAACUGAUAUCGAUUGGGGGACAGGUGACUAAACAACAACUUACAACGUUAAAGCCUAUAGGUGAUACCGGCGAGAUCCAACUGGUUUGUUUGAUGUGUACCUAUUGGAAGUCAGAGGACAGGUAGGGGAAGUCAGAGGACCGGUAGGGGAAGUCAGAGGACCCAUAGGGGAAGUCAUUACUUAGCUUCCUGCUGACUUCUGGGAAUGUAACAGUAAAUCUCUCUUAUGAUAAGAUAUGGGCCUUGCAAUGUGUCGUACAUGCAACAAGGAAUCGUUCGAAUGAGACCGGCUGGUCUCAGGAAUAACCUGUGCUUGUCAGUCCCAUGAACUACUGUCUUCACCCGAACCGAAUAGAACGCUCGGUCAGUAUAGCCGUAUUUUGGUGCACUUUUCAGUCCAGAUACAGCUAUAAUGACGGGGCAUUCUGUUCGGGUGAAGGCGGUAGUGAAUUGCCAAAUUGGGAGUAAGGAAGAAGCUGUCUGUUCUGGCAGAUAAUCUGGUGCCCCAUAUCUAUCUCAAGCACCCCUGUUCAGUACAUCCCCACCUUUGGUCGGUCGAUUCCUGUAUAACAAUUUAGGGUAGGUUUUAAGCAAAACACACGAACGCAGCUCGUCAAUUUGGGUAUUUCAACCACGCGGAUUAGAAGGCGGAUGCGGUUGGUUGUGUUUAAUGUCCUUUGGUAGGUGAUCAUGCUCCAUUUGGCCAGGAGGGCUUUGUGGGUCUGGAUGCUUGUCCGGGCAGGCGUCGUUUCGCCAGGCCUCAUGACUUUUGGAUGGGUUGACUGUCGAUACUUGUGCACUUUGGCUUCGUCUUUCCAGGAUAGACGAUCAGUGUAUACUAAAUAGCAGCUUGAUGUUCCUAGUUUUUGUGUAUAUUGCUCUGUGGAAUAUUCCAGAUCGGUCGGUAGUACUUUGUACAAAGAAUCCCCCCCCUUCUUGGGCCGCGGAUGUUGGAUCAGUAAAUAGCAGGUUGAUUUUCCUAGUUUUUGUGUAUAUUGCCCUCUGGAAUAUUCCAGAUCGGUCGGUAGUACUUUGUGCAAAGAAUCCCUCUUCUUGGGCCGCGGUUGUGGGUAUUUUCAGACAGCUUUUUCGGAAGGCUAUAUUUUGUCUGCUGUUCUUCUGCUCGGGGGUCUUGUGUGUUUUGUAGAUGUGUACCCUCAACGGUGUGUCGUGGGCAAGUGCUAUAUUGAAAGUGUGCGAGUACUUCGUCGAGUUAUCCAUCCCCACUUGCUGUCAGUCCAUCCCUUGUCGCUGUGCUAUAUCGACAGUGUGCGAUUACUUCGUGGAGUAAUCCAUCCCCACUUGCUGUCAGUCCAUCCCUUGUCGCUUUCACUUCAGCUCUUUGGGCAUUCCCUUUUUCUUCCCUCUAACCAGCUCUUUCUUAUUCCCUUGUGUGCGCUCCUCUAAUUGAUAGGUACGUGACAGAACAUGAAAUCCUUUCAAGUAUUUUCUUUCAUUAUUUUUCAUUUUAUGCACUGUCCCUCACUUGUCCUGGCUGUCCAAGUCUUUUUAUCCCGGGGCUACUGGAACCAUGCCCCAUUUCGUUUUGCUCGCCCUUCGUUUUUCCAUUGUGUAGUGAAAAUACUUUUCUCGAAGUAUUUCCUUUUGUGUUUUCUUUUUUGUCUUCGGUCGUUAGUAAUUCGGAUGAUUUUUUGAAGCCGGAGGAGGAGCGGGAGGAGUGGGAGGAGGGAUGGGAGGAAGAGCAAUAGAAGCAACGGGAGGAGGAGGAGCGGGAGGAGCAGCAGGAGGGGGGGCGGGAGAUGGCUAUGGCGGGAUCUUUGUCACGUUGUUUGGUGGAGGAGUGGGAGCAGUGGGAGCAGUGGGAGCAGUGGGAGUAGCGGGAGGAGCGGGAGGAGGUGCGGGAGGAGGAGCGGGAGGAGGUGCGGGAGGAGUAGCGGGAGGAGGAGCGGCAGGGGAAAUGGGGAGGGGUUUAGGAGCGGGAGAAGGAGCGCGAGGGGAAACAGGAAGGGGCGGAGGAGGCGCGGGAGGAGGAGCGGGAGGAGGUGCGGGAGGGGAAACGGGGAGGGGGUUAACGAACACGAGGAGCGGGAGGGGAAACGGGAAGGGGCGGAGGAGGAGCAGGAGGAGGUGUGGGAGGGGAAGCGGGGAGGGGUUAACGAACACGAGGAGGAGCGGGAGGGGAAACCGGGAGGGGCGGAGGAGUCGCGGGGGGAGCAGCAGUGGGAGGAGGAGUGGGAGGAGUAGUGGGAGGAGGAGGAGGAGCGGGAUGAGGAGCGGGAGGAUGAGCGGGAGAAAGAGGCGGAGGGGAAACGGGGAGGGGCGGAGGAGGCGCGAGAGGAAGAGCGGGAGGAGGAGUGGGAGGAGCAGCGGCAGAGGAAACAGGGAGGGGGUUAGGGGUGGGAGAAGGAGCGCGAGGGGAAAUGGGAAGGGGCAGAGGAGGAGCGGGAGAAGGAGCGGGAGGAGGAGCGUGGAGUCUGGAGGGGAAAUGGGGAGGGGGUUAGGAGCGGGAGAAGGAGCACGAGGGGAAAUGGGAAGGGGCGGAAGAGGAGCGGGAGAAGAGGAGCGGGAGAAGGAGCGGGAGGACGAGCGGGAUGGGAAACGGGGAGGGGAUUCUCCUUCGUCAACUAUGCAGAUCCUGGCAUGGUCGCCUCUUAGCUGCCCCCGUGCCCUGCUUACUAUGGAUAGCAAAGGUUGUGGAAGUGUUUGGACACAGCCAUCACAGGGUGGGGCAAAUGUGGCCCGAGCUGUCAAUGUUUGGCAUUGUGAAUACAAGUGGAGACAAGAACCAGCAAUACUCGUGAAGUGGUUAGCUGCACCCUCACCGUAUUCUUGGUCAGGCGACACAGUGCCCAAGACAUCUUAUUCAGAGCGGUUCAUGUCUAUGGAACCUUGCACACCUUGCCGCUGGCCGAGGGCAGGUUUCCUCUGUUUUUGUGCCGUAACCGCAUCCGGGUUCUUGCAGCUGCAUUGGCGCCGAUGGCCACCGCCUGCCUUUGGCGAUCCUUGGUGUUCCACUCAGCUUACGGCGCUCGUAACAGGGUCCGGGGGGCUGACAGGCGCAGAUGUGAUCGUGACGAGGGCGGGAAGCGUUCUUGUGGCUGCGCUCCCAGCUAACCAGCCUGCAACAGUUAUUGUAAUGGAGUUGGUACCGUUGAUAGAGGACGAGAGGGCGCGUACCAGUGUGGGCCCAGGCAGUUUCCGGUUGAAGCUUUCUUAUUACCUGCAGGCCUGGCAGGAUCCUGCUUCCCAAUGUGGUCAAUCCCUUCAGGCAGGUGCAUCUGAGCAGAGAACUGGCCCUCCCAUCCAGUGUGUGGUGCUGUCCAGCCUGUCCACCUUUUUGGUCCCCUCACAGCCUCAAGAGCCUAUGGCCAUGGCAGCGUCAUCCACUUACGGUUCCGAUGGGAUUUCUCAUGAUGGCCCAGGUGGUGGGAGAAAUGUGGAGGAUGCAGCAGCAAUACCUGAACAACAAUUGGUUGCGGUGGCUUUCGAUCCUGUUGAAGCGGGGUCUUCUCUUGUGACAGCGACUUUAGAAGGGAAGAGGGGGGUGAAAUCUCCUCAACCUCAAGCAGCAUGGAGUGGCGGUAAUGAGGCGGAGAAGAAGGGCCCAGGGUUCAGGAUAGAAAAAUGGGAGAUUGAAAAGCAGAAUGUGAGCAUUCAUAAAGUGUUUGGAGGACCUGUGGGAAGCAACUACACGCCGUCAGACGUUCCAGUCGCUAUGGUGUGGAAGAUGCAAGCAAACAGGUGGGUGGACUCAAGUGGAGGGAGUGAGUGGGGUGUGAGAGGAAGCACCAGAGCAGGAGCCGGAUCGAAGGAUCGCGAGCAGGAGGUAAGCCAUGGAGCAGCAGACGGUGCGAUGGCCGCAGACGGAGCAGCAGCGGGAGGCGAACAGGCCGGCCAGACCGACAAGGAGGUCAGUAGUGGCGUAGAAGGCGCGCAUAGUUCCGUGGGCUUUGCCAAGCUGGAGUUCUCAGUGACUGGUGCGGAGUUCAGUCUGGCGAUCCGCGGCGGGGAAAUCCACGUGUUCUCCCGACAUGAGUUGACCUAUUUGGGCUUCCUGACAGUUGCGGCGACCAACUUAACUCCCGGGGCAGCAUUCUCGCCGAACGGUUGCUGCAUAACAACUAUCUGGCGGGACUCACGUGACGAGAGCCUUGUCGGAUCUCUUCUGAAGAUCGCACACGUUCCAGUCCAACUACACGAAUCGACUGCGCUAGGCGGAGGAGAUGAGUGGGUAGGGGGAGGAGGUAGCGGUGCAGCAAACCCAGGGAGCACUUUGGAGAAAACGAUUGGCAUGUGGAAUCGACACUUGGCGAACAGAGCGAUGUGGAGUUUUACAACAGACACGAAUUGGUGGGAUGUGAUAAUAUCUGCUCAUCAUUGCGCAGAGGAGGGAACAGGGACACUUGGUGGAAUGACUGCGAUUUUGGAUGAAGGAUUUCAGGCUCUGGGAGAUAAGGAGCAUUUCAGCUUGGUACUGGAUCGGUUCAAGUGCUCGUUGUUGGAAGGUGUGGAGGUUCAAGAUGUCAGGGCAUUGGUGAUUGACAUGCAAGCAAGGCUAUUGCUGGACCAUGUGGGCAAGAGUCUAGAGACAAUGCUGCUCAACCCAACAGCUCUAGAACCGAAGAUGUGUGCAGGCACGGGUAUAUCGCAGCCCGAGGCGACAGCUCUGCAUCCGGCAAUGAUUACACAGAUGCAUUCCUACGUGGAUACAAUUUUGGACCUUCUGUGGCACUUCCUUACCUGGCUUCGGAGGUAUGGCGACUUCUGCCGGGGCGAUGCAGCAACCGCACAACAAGGGGGUCAGAGACUUGCAGGUCAGUCUGCAGGAGGUGCAACCUCAGGUCAGAGUGGGUGGAAUACCGAUACAGCAACAACCGGAGCGAUGGGAGUGGGGGGAGGGGCAAAUGGGACUGCGGGGACUAUGGGAGGAGGAUCAACAGAGACAGUGGGAGGAGGCGGUGAACGUGGAGUAAUGUCAAGUGCGGGCACGGGAGGAGGAGAAGUGGGUGGCCCAAUUCAGUCAGGGCCAUCACAGGUUCCGGCAGUGAGACUCGCUGGAGACCGUUAUUUUUUGACAAAGCUCUUGCAGCUCGCCUACUUCUCCUACAUUCUCAGAAAAGCAUAUCCCCUUUCGCCCGUCGGCGGGUCACGUCUCGGCGGAACAGAUCAACAAAGGGGGGGGGGUGCGGGRGAUAGCAAGGCCAAUGUCAAGGAGGAGGUUGUGAACUCGAGACCUUCAAGAUCUGGAAAUGGAAAUGCUGGCCAAGGCUACUCAAAUGAGGAGGUGAAAAGGGCGUAUCACUUGUUGUCAGAACUGUCUAAGAGGACAUCGAAUCUUCCUGCAUCUGCUUGGUCAUCUCAAGUGCAAGCAGGCAGCGUAGGCGUGCGGCUGCAUUAUGCUGAGGGCCAUGUUCUCGUCAGCGCAGAUAUCGUCGGACAAGUUUUCAAUGCACAUAAUGCACAUGUGCAGAUGCAGCGACCUAGAGGCACCGAUGCGGCUGGGGUUUUGAUGAGGGAGCUUGAGCUCCAUCCUCCCAUCGAGGACGUGCUUCGGAGAGGCACAGGGUUGAGUGCCGGUUUUCUUGCAGAAGACGUGCUAGCGGGGCGACUGCUCCUGCCUGAAAAGGACCUGAGCAUGUGGGCAGACAGUGGAGGGGAGGAAAUGGAGCUGGGGAGGGCUUGGGAAAGGGCCGAGGUUUGGUCGCGUAAACGCCGUUUUGCCGGGAGGGAUGCCGCAUUUGGGAUGGGCUCAAGCAGCACCCUGGCAGAGUACUCUGGAUUGCUUGGCUGUCGCAGAGAUGUCAUCGCAGCGGUGUGGAAGAGCUCUCCUAACGUCUGCUGGCACAGGUGCACUCGAUGUGGGAGGCAUACGGCAGCGCUCGUAUCGGCAAACACGACGAGCGGGCAGAACAUAUUUUCUUCAAAUGGGUUCGCUGCAAAUGAGAGCGAGGCGAGAGAUGGAACUAGGAUUGGCUGGCACUAUGCUAGGUGGGUUUUUGGUUGCCCGAUCUGUGGUGGACGGUGGAUUAAGGUUCUUUGAGUGGAAGAGAUCGUCCAGCGCUGUUACGUAGGGUACUUUCAGUGGAAGAGAUCGUCCAGCUGCUUACUUCUUUCGUGUACCAUAACAGUGUCCUCAAUUCCUCGCUGUAGCAUUUUGAAUUGCAGCCUGUUCAUCAAGAUUCAAGACAGCUUGUUAUUAUCAUGCUAACACCGACAUAGCGACCACCAGCUGCCCCUCUCUCUUUCUUUCAUUCUGAUUAAUCUGCUCAGAAAAUC